AUGAAUCUCUUUCUCAGAUGUUGGGAAUUCCACCACAAAUUCUUUCUGCUGACUCGGUGUGGCCAUAUACACCAGAAAACGCUAACCGAGGUGAUUCGGUACAAGACAGAACAAGAAAAAACUCGCCAAGAAGCCAUAAAACACGACUACACAGUUGCAGCCGUAGAGUUGCUCCGGUUGGCUAGGUCGAUGAAUAUUACUGGCGAAGCAUUGUCGAGUCUUUUCGGCGACUCAGCUACUUUAGAAGCUUUGGCUGCAAAACUGGAUAAACUUCGUCGACAUGAAGCAAUGCACGAAAUGAUGGCUGAGUCAAUACCUAGACGAAGUUCUGAUCCACGAACUCACCACACUCAGCUUCCAUCUUUCACAGAAACUACCGAAAGUAUCAAGCCACAAGGUAGCCGAGCCAACAGUAUAUAUACUCGUUCUCCUUCCAGACUGCCACCAUUGAAUCACCGUAGAGUGAGAUCCGAUGCCAGUGACCAAGUCGAAACCAAAGACCACGAUCUGAGCACUUCUUCCCAAACUCCUAAAAGUGUUCAACAAAACCUGCCAGGACCCAUUGAACAAACUCCAAAACAAAACCGAUCUCCACAAACCUCCAACCAACAAGCACCACACCAUACUCCACAAAUGGGUCCAAUUCAAUCUCAUCGGUCGUCGCCAGGGUCUGCGUAUCCAGCUUAUAAAACUAAUGGUCGUGGUAAUUUGGGUUCACCUUAUAACCUGAAAUAUCCAACUAUUGUAUACUCAGGUCCAUUCAAUUCUCAAUACUUACCACCACAACAGCAUUACCAAUAUUUCGUCAGUCCUCCACCUCCUCCUGGAGCCCCAGCAUCGGGUCCUCCUCCGGGCCAUUACCUAGUUCCUUCAAUGCCCGGUCAGAUUAUUCCACCUUUUGCUCAGCUGCCUGAAGACCAUAGAAGAGAAGAUUUGGAAGAUAACUCGCCCGGGCACGGAACCAAGAGACACCGAUCCAACAAUAGUGGUAAGACUUCGUCAAUCAAUUUUAUGAUCACCACUCCCAAAAACCCCCCCGCGAAGAAGUAUAACAAUUCCAAGGGUAAUACGUAA